GUGUGAGAGCUGAAUAUGUGCGGAACCAACAGAGAGAAGAAAAAGAAGGUUCCUGCUGUGCCAGAAACCCUUAAGAAAAAGCGAAAGAAUUUCGCAGAGCUUAAGAUCAAGCGCCUGAGAAAGAAAUUUGCCCAGAAGAUGCUUCGAAAGGCAAGGAGGAAGCUAAUCUAUGAAAAAGCUAAGCACUAUCACAAGGAAUACCGGCAGAUGUACAGAACUGAAAUUCGAAUGGCUAGGAUGGCAAGAAAAGCUGGCAACUUCUACGUACCCGCGGAACCCAAAUUGGCAUUUGUCAUCAGGAUCAGAGGUAUCAAUGGUGUGAGCCCAAAGGUUCGAAAGGUGUUGCAGCUUCUUCGCCUCCGUCAGAUUUUCAAUGGCACCUUUGUGAAGCUCAACAAGGCUUCAAUUAACAUGCUGAGAAUUGUGGAACCAUACAUUGCAUGGGGGUACCCAAACCUAAAGUCAGUAAACGAAUUGAUCUACAAGCGUGGUUAUGGCAAAAUCAACAAGAAGCGAAUUGCCCUGACGGAUAACGUGUUGAUUGCUCGAUCUCUUGGCAAAUAUGGUAUUAUCUGCAUGGAGGAUCUGAUUCAUGAGAUCUAUACUGUUGGAAAACGUUUCAAAGAAGCAAACAACUUCCUGUGGCCCUUCAAAUUGUCUUCUCCACGAGGUGGAAUGAAGAAAAAGACCACCCAUUUUGUAGAAGGUGGAGAUGCUGGCAACAGGGAAGACCAGAUCAACAGACUUAUUAGAAGGAUGAACUGAGUCCCUUGUGGCAAAUCUUGGUGUGACACAAUUAAGUCAAAUCAACAGCCUGUUGCGUGUAAAACUUAGGGUCCAGUUUGUAUUUUGUGAAAAACAUUCCUGGGGUCUAUUGAAGAUUUUCCUGUACGAAGUCCUGAUUUUUCACUUGAGUUGGCCAAAAUGGG